AGCCGCCGCCGCCGCUCCCGCAGCAUCAGGCGCAGGCGGCACCCGGAACGCGGCGGCUCUCGGGCUCCGCAUCCUCCCGUGGGCAGACGAGCUCGGACACGGCGGCCGCGUCCCCCCUGCCGGGGUAGGGGCUUCACCCCCUGCGCGGGGGGAUUGCGGGGACACCCCCCGAACCGGCUCCGGGGCUUGGGGCGGGGGGUGCCGCUGCUGGGCGAGCGAGGCUGGGAUUAGCGGAGCGGAGCCGAGAUGCUGCCCUGGCGCCGGAGCAAGUUCGUGCUGGUGGAAAAUGAACGUAAGUGCAAAGGCAAGAGCCUGGGGCCGGGGCUGAGCUACGCGGCGCUGCUGGCCGGCUUCCUCCGCUCCUGCCCGGACCUGCUGCCCGAGUGCCCGCUGGAGCGCCUGGGCAGCGUGUUCCGCGGGAAGCGCCAGAAAGUGGAGCUCAACAAGGAGGACCCGACGUACACGGUGCGGUACCUGGGCAACGCCGUCACCCUGCACGCCAAGGGCGACGGCUGCACCGAGGAGGCGGUGGGCAAGAUCUGGGCCAAGAGCGAGGCGGGCGCCGGCGGGGCCAAGAUGAAGCUGACGCUGGGUCCCCACGGCAUCCGCAUGACGCCCUGCGAGAAGGGAGCCCGCCGGCCGGGCCACGCGUACCUGCUGCACCGCAUCACCUACUGCGCCGCCGACCGCCGGCACCCCAAGGUGUUCGCCUGGGUGUACCGGCACCAGGUGAAGAACAAGGCGGUGGUGCUGCGCUGCCACGCCGUGCUGGUGUCCAAAGCCGACAAGGCGCGGGCCAUGGCCCUGCUCCUCUAUCAGACCUCGGCCUCCGCCUUCAACGAGUUCAAGCGCCUCAAGAGACAGAGCGAUUUCCGCCACGUCCAGCAGCAGCUCCUGGGCGAUGCCAUCGUGCCCUUGGUGCCGCUGCGCAGGCUGCUCAACGCCAAGUGUCCCUACCGCCCGCCGGCCGAGCGCGCCCGCUGCGCCCCGAGGCUCAGCUCCAUCCUGGAGGAGGAGGAGGACGAGGCUUUCGGCAGCGGGGCAACCUUGGGGGAUGCCGGGCGAGCGGCAGUGCUGCGGCUGGCCAGCGACAUGAGGGGCUGCAGCCUGCGCGGGCCCCGGGCCACCAUCUGCUGAGAGCCCGUGGUCACCAUGUGGUAGCCAUGAGGUGCCCGCCGUGCACCCCSGGCCGCUGUUGGACCCUCCUCGGGRAUCAAUCUGGACAAGACAGCGGCUCCUUUUGCAGGAAGACCCAUGGUGAGGGUGGGUUUGCACCCCAGGGACCCCCRCUCCCCUCGGCCCCGCACAUGAACCUGCUCUCCGUGCCUCCUCCGCAGUGGCCAUAAUAAUAAAAUUAA